GAUGGCGAGGACUAAGCAGACAGCACGCAAAUCGACGGGAGGGAAAGCUCCCCGCAAGCAGCUGGCGACUAAAGCCGCCCGCAAGAGCGCUCCGACCACCGGCGGCGUGAAGAAGCCGCACCGGUACCGGCCCGGUACGGUGGCGCUGCGGGAGAUCCGGCGCUACCAGAAGUCGACCGAGCUGCUGAUCCGCAAGUUGCCCUUCCAGCGCCUGGUCCGUGAGAUCGCUCAAGAUUUCAAGACGGACCUGCGCUUCCAGAGCUCAGCCGUGAUGGCGCUGCAGGAGGCAAGCGAGGCCUACCUAGUGGGGCUGUUCGAGGACACCAACUUGUGUGCUAUCCACGCCAAGCGGGUCACCAUCAUGCCGAAAGACAUCCACCUGGCGCGACGCAUCCGCGGCGAGCGCGCCUGAGCCUAGAGGCAGGCGCCGGCUACCCCGUAACGGCUCUUUUUAGAGCCACCGAACUGUACAACGGAGCUGCAGCCUUGCUUGAAGUUUAAUCCCGUGUUUAUAUCAGAUGUAACGGUGGAGAGUGGCUAAAUGAUGAGUGGGACUCGUCUAAAUUAAGCUUUAGAGCGUUCAGUACAAGGACUCCCAAUUCCCUUGUAUUCCCCCCCGUUUGGAAAAGUGCACAUUUAUUUCCAUUACCGAAGUGAAUGAAGACGCAUUCACAAAUACAGUAUUGUAUUUCAUACUCAGUCAUACUUUAUUGAUCUCGGGGGAAAUUGGUUUUCGUUACAGUUGCACCAUAAAUAAUUAAAUAGUAAUAAA